UUAUUCGGGUAUCCGUCGGAGGUAUUUUCCGGUUGCACUGUUGUCCGCCGCUCUAGCGUGUCCCCCUGUUACACGGUGGAGUUGUGCAGUUUAUUGUGAGUCGAAGUGAGUUUGUGGACGGACCCGUCGACACAGACACAGAAUCAGCCGCUCAGGACUGUGGUGAGAAAAGGCCACCGUGGACACGCCCCUCUCUGUGAAGUGGCCUGAAACCACACACUGAAGCAGAAUGGCGUCCCCUUCACCCCAUGACCGCAGCCGGAAUGAUGACGAAGACGACCCGGUGGAUCGGAUGAUAUCCCGGACAGGAUGUGCCGAGGUGCACUAUGCUGUGCAGGAGUGCAUGGCUGAGCACCAGGACUGGCGAGUGUGCCAGAGCCAGGUCCAGACUUUCAAGGACUGUAUGAUGGAUUUCCAAAAAGCCCGGAAAGAACAGCUGAUGAAGCAGCUGCCAAUGUCCGCUGAGUCUGCUUCCGACUGAACUCACCAAACCACACAGACACAGACACACACACACACACACACACACACACACACACACACACACACACACACACAAACACACAUUAACAAACUUUUUGAACACGUUUUGAAUGAAAAGACUGCACCGAUUUUUUUUUUGUGUUGUGUAGGGCUGAAUGAUAAAUAUGGUUUGUUGAUCACAACAGACUUUUCAUACUGAUUUAUUUAAAUUUAAAUUAGUGUAUGUGCACGUUGGAAGAAGGUAAUUUUUCAGUUAUGUACUGCGCUCAUAACAUAUCUUGGUCAGAACAGCUACAAAUAUUAUUUUUGUGUUUACGAAUAAACAACAUAAAUUAUUGAUCUAUUAAAAAUAAUACUAUACUUGUCAUUUAAUGUAUUUGUGUGGUUUCAAGUGAAUCUUAGUUCACCUCUACUGAUAUGGAAGAAAGAAACACUUUCACCUCUGGCUUGGUGACCUGAGGCUUGAGUGUAUGGCCUCAGUCAGGUAUGAUGAGGACACAUUGCAUUGCCAUUGCAAACUCAACUACUAAAAUAUUCUGCAAAAAAAUGUGGGGCUAUCAAAAAAAAUAUAUGAUAUUUAAUUUUAUAUUAACUAUAACAUGUAUUUAAAUAUAAGACAAGAUAAGGUUAUCCAUUAUUAGUCCCACAGUUGGUAAAUUAUCAGUAUUCCAACAUGAACAAGAGCAGAAAGUUUCCAGGUUGGUCACACUGGCCAAAGGAAAUAACAAUGUAUGCAAAAUGCUGGAACAACAAGUUUUUAUUCUUAAAGUACAAUUAUGUUUGUUUAAACAGAGGUUUUGUGAGUCUGACUCAUCUGUCACUAAAACAUCAUUAUAUCAGCUCACGUACCUUAUUUUAUUUGUGGUGUCAUGAGAUGCAUAAACUCACUUUUUAUCA